GAAACAAAAGGAAUGAUCAAUGUUCUGGUGGCAGGUAAUGUGUUCGGCCGAAGAUUGCUUGUGAGGUUGUGUGGAUCGAAGGUUUUACGUUUUUUUAAACUCGUGUUUAGUACUCACAUAUUUUCAAUGAACUCACAUACUUUUCUUAUCACCAGUCCUGGAAAUGUUUCAAAGGCCCAAAUCUACAAAGCCAUUAGAAAUCCUGGGAAUGUGAAUCAAUCUUUUUUACUUGUUUUCAAAUUCAAUGGACGUUUUGCUAUGUCCUACACCAACAGCUCCCAAAUUUCAUCACCCCAUGGAUAUGCAUUCAAACGGGAGAGGUCAUCAACCAGAUGCAAAUAUAGUCGUGACAGUUUCAAGCACGGUCGGUUUCCAGCUAUGUGGCUACCCAAAAGGUAAAGAACUUAUAUCUUCACAUCGUCCAUCUCUUUUCUCUUUUUGUUGUCCAUUAGACAUUCUAAGACCACUCUCACAUCAUCACGUGUAACAACAUUUCUACCCCCAAAAUAUCGCUUAUUGGUGUCCGAAGUCCUAGUGUACUCUUUGUCCUGUUCAGAUAGAGAUCCAAAUUUUAAACCCGUAAUAACUGCAAAAUCAAUUUUCUUAAAACUAACCACCCCAUCAUGAAUGUGGAAUGAUAUCGCGUCGCUAUCUGGCUCCACCGCUACAAUGUAGUUCAACGCCAAGAGUAUGAGGAGCUGUCCAUUUACCCAUUUUUUAUUACCAACAUAAAGUAAAUGACCGAAGGGAGUGUUGCUAAAAGCCUCUAACUCGGAUCGAGACAAUGUUCGCCUUAGACCUUAGUUUCUCUAUCCCGCUCAACACAUUGCAAUAAUAAUUAGCCUUGACAUUUUUCUUGGAGGCCCGUGUGUCUUCUCUACAUAACCUUCGGUAUGCCUAACAACAAUGCAGAUCAUCUCAUGUGUUAAAACACACUAAAAAAUAUACAUUAUCUUCUACAAAAACAUUCUCCUCGGUUCAUCCAUUUAGUGCAAUUAGUAUAAUCUACUGCCAAAAAUUUCAAUUGCUUUUCAAUUCUCUCAAAAAGUCUCAAUUACACAUAAUCUUUGAUAUUAUGCCCAUUUAAAAUCGCAAAAAAAAGUCAUAAACUACUAACCCAUUUUCCAAACAACACUGCCUUCUCAAUCCCUUAAACCUCUUGUUUUCUAGUAUUUGUCAUUCAAAAAAUGCCCACAAUAGAUGCAACAAACUAUACUACACUAUUAUCAGUCAUGAAUUUUCAAGAAAAGGACACUAACCUUACUCAACACUGUCCAAGCAAAAGCCUCUGUCAAUAAUUUCUAAAACAAUUACAUAAGUUUGGCAAACUAACCUUUCCGGAAGCACGUUUGGUAAUAAUUUCACUGGACGGUUCCUCAACAAAGUCGGUGUUGUCGUCAACAACAAAUCCAGUAGCCAUCGCCGUCCUAUAGCGAUGUAGGAUGUGCCAAUAACAAAUCUGGGGAUUCUGAUGUGCCUAUCGCUAUCCUAGCUAAAAAAACAUGAUUGGGAGCGAUAUGGAUAAACAUAGAAGUGAAGAAGGGAAAUCUGGGGAUUCUGAUGUUUUUAUCGCUAUCCUACCUGAAAAAAAAAACAGCAAUCAGGUUAAUGAUAAUGUGGACAGUGUACAAGGUAAUGUCGUGAAAAUGAAAGUGAAAAGGAAUGGGGUCACAUCAACUCAGUUGGGCGAGUUAUUUGAAGGGGUGGAUUUUGAUGAUUGGCCACCAGUAGGUGAUCAGCAAGUCGCGCAAGCCGAUUCGGUAGUGGAUGAUAGUCACAUAGAAAAAGCGAAUGAAGAAGAAAUCCACUGCACACAACUUAUGGCGAGCAUUGUUGCACUUUAAAUAACGUUCACAUGUGUUGGAAAUAUUCUAGCAUAUACUAAGCUAUUCUAACAUGUUUGUUAAAUGGUGUGAAAGAAACACAACCCAGGAGGGUGUGGCGAUGGAUAUGCUCGGCCAAAACUUAAAUUGAAAUGUCCUGAGAAGUUCAAUUUCAGAUAAAAAAGCUGGUGGACAACGCAAGUGAGUGAAAACAAGGGCCGAUGUUAUUGAGAAUAAUUCAGUAUGUGAUGAAUUGUGUCUGGGUCCUUUCACCAAGGAGCCGACGGAACUUCCUAUGGUAGGGGUGUUGGAGAGAGUUGGCACCUUCAUGAAUAAGGGUAUACUGAAAAGGCCAAAGAUAUCUGGACGAAGAUACAUUGCUACAAAUGAAAAGUUGAGUCUAGAUGUUAUAAUGGCUCUUGAUGAUGAGGAGGAAACAUUAAGCAAAACAUGGUAUUACAUUGUAAACAUUUUUGUGAUGGGUGCCUAUCAAAUCUGGGAAGUCAAUCAACCAAAGGUUGCUUUUAGUGUGUACAAAGUUAAUUUGCUAUCUCCAUUUGUUUUGGUUAAUGUAUUUUUUAAUGGUUAGUAAACUAUGAAAUGGGUA